AUGACCUACAUAGACUGGUGGUGUUCUCCUCUUUGUCCUAUGACGCAGAUGAAUGUCUGGAGUCAAACAGGAAUCUGCAGAUAUCUCAGAAAUGGUUUCCAGUUCGUGCGUGCUGAAGGCUUCGUGGUUGGGCACGUGGCAGAUGAAGGUAUUAUGGAAUGCUGUGCCAGCGAGCUAUUGCGCUACAGACGCAUUAUUGAUGCUGAGGACAUUCUUGUGUUUGCAGACAAAGAAAAACACUGGUCAGCUGCAAUCACAAGUGACGUCAGCAUCCUGGAAACAAUGAAAGCAGCCGAAUUCUUUCAGUGUGAUGGCAUCAUCCUGACUGGAGGUGCAACAGGCCUGCCACCCAGUACCACUGAACUGCAAGAGGUGAAAGCAGAAGCAACAGUGCCCGUGCUACUUGGAUCAGGAAUCACAGAAAACAACGUUCAAGAUUUUUUUACAGCAGAUGCAGUGAUUGUGGGAUCAUCAUUUAAACAUGGAAAUAUCUGGAGCGGUGCACUGAAUGCUCUGCAGGUGGAGGCAUUCAUGGAAAAGGUGCACACUACGUCAAACAUUAUCAUAUUCAUCUUGACUCUGUAA